AUGCUGCAGUCGGUGCCUGGGGAUUUGCUGAACAUCAAGGCCUUCGCCAGCAGACCCGAUUUGCUGCAGGUGCUGGGUCACUCGUUUGCGCCUGCGGUGUGCGGGCACGACGUGGUGAAGCAGGGUUUGCUGCUGCAGCUGGCGGGGGGCCGUUUGCUGCAGCAGCAGCAGCACAGAGUGCGGGGCGACAUCCACGUGCUGCUGGUGGGAGACCCAGCAGCAGGAAAGUCGCAGCUGCUGCGGUUCGCGCUGCGGCUGCUGCCGGGGGCAGUGAGCAGCACGGGGCGCGGCAGCAGCGGCGUGGGCCUGACUGCUGCAGUGGCAGCAGCAGACGCAGCGGAACCAGCAGCAGCAGCAGCAGCAGCAAAACGCGUCGAAGCAGGCGCCAUGGUCUUGGCCGAUAAAUCCCUUAUUUGCAUCGACGAAUUCGACAAAAUGCAAAUCCAAGACAGAGUCGCCAUCCACGAAGUCAUGGAGCAGCAAACUGUCACUGUCGCCAAGGCCGGCAUCUACACCACCCUCAACGCCAGGUGUUCAGUUCUUGCUGCUGCCAAUCCGCUGUACGGCUGCUGGAGCGAAGGCAUUUCUUUUCGGCAGCAAAUUGCUUUCGAAGAUUCCCUCAUGAGUCGCUUCGACCUCAUCUUCAUCGUCAGGGACGCGACGACUAGCGAAGAAGACGACCGGCUGGCUGAGGCGGGGCUGGGGGAAGCAACAGGAGUUGCUUCGGGGGACCGCAGGGGACACACUGACAGCUUCAUUCAGCCCCAAACAGACAUGCUGAAGGCCACGCAUGCAGCAGCAGCAGCAGCAGCAGCAGAUUCUCAGCAGCAGCAGCAGCAGGAAGAGCCAGAGCCUACCCGCGCCUUCUAUCACAGAACAGAAAUGCUCUAUUAUGAUAAAAAGGGGCGAGAACACGAAUGCCUAACGCACGAGUUUCUGCGGAUGUAUAUAGCCCUGGAAGAUGUGCGUGUGGCGCAGCAAAUGCUGCUGUACAGUUUGUUUGGAGAGCCUUAUCCCGAAGAUGGAAAAGAGACAGAAACGGAGACAGCCACAGAGACAGAAAGCGAGCCAAGAAGGGGAAAGGGAGCCAUCACAGAAGAUGAGGAGAUGGCUGAGGAGAUGGAGGGCCUGGCGAUCACUGAAACGAAGAAAAGGCGAACCCGCCGAGCAGCAGCAGCAGCAGCAGCAGCAGCAGGAGAUGCAGAAACAGCAGAAGACGGACGGAGGGAAGCGUUGCAGGCCCUCGAUGCACAGGGGCUCAGCUCGGACAUUUUGCACAGUUUGAUAAUGAAUUCCAUCAAAGAACUGGACGAGGGCGGCGGCGUGGCUGAAGAGCUGCUGCUGCAGGCGGUCACCACCCGCGCGCUCGCCCGCGGGCUUUCUGAGCCAACGCAGCAGCAAUUCAAGAAGGCCCUGAUAGAACUCAACUCCAAAGACUCAGCCCCCAUCCUGGUGCAUGACGGCCUGGUGUACGAGUGCUAG